CCAGCUUUACUCACUGCGUAAUACCGGCUAGGUACCUUACAGAAACACAUCCCUUCCUCGUCUCUGGAAUUUCAAUUGAAUUGAGAUCAGUCCCAUGAAAGUCGCAUCACGCGCAGACGAAUUCAAUGUCUCUUUUUCGCUCAGCGAGUGUGCCUGGAGGUCUGAGUAUCAACACAGGUGCAGCAAACCUAUUUGGAAGUGGAUCGAGUCAGCAACAACCUCCACCAGCCGGAGGCGCCAGCAGCAUAUUUGGAUCAUCGACAACCCAACAGGCUUCUUCUGCAGCACCAGCAACAACCAGCUUGUUUGGUGCGAACAACGCAAACAACGCUACGACAGGCACGAGUCUCUUUGGCCAGUCCACCAACGCGCAGCAGCCUACGACAGCAGCGGGCAGCAGCAUGUUCGGCGCCGCAGCCGCAGCCUCCCAGCCCGCGGCGGCUGGCGGUACCACGGGUGGUGGCUUAUUUGGAGCAGCGGGCAGCACGACGACAACGGGAGGAGGCCUGUUUGGAAACGCGAAUGCAGCAGCCAACAAUGCACCCAAGCCCGGCCUGUUUGGUAACACAACUGCUCAACAGCCCCAGCAGACUACGACAACAGGUGGAGGACUCUUUGGAAACGCGACAGCUGCGCAACCCCAACAGUCGACAACAGGUGGAGGACUAUUCGGAAACUCUGCAGUAACUCAACCACAACAACAAGCUGCGGGCGGUGGACUCUUCGGCAACGCGACGCAGCAAACUGCGGGCACAGGUGGUGGCGGGCUCUUUGGCAAUUCAACACAGCAAACGACAGCAAGCGGCGGCCUUUUCGGCAACGCUACACAACAAAACACAGGUACAGGCGGCGGUGGACUCUUCGGUAAUUCGACGCAGCAAACAACAACCGGUGGUGGUGGCCUUUUCGGCAACAGCUUGUCACAGCCCCAACAACAACAACAACAACAACAGAAGCCCUCACUCUUCGGAAACACUCUGCUUGGUCAAUCCCAGCAGCCCCAGCAGCAGCAGCAACAGCAAUCAGGGAGCAUGUUUGGCCGAACAUUCAACAAUUCAACCGCCGCGCCCCCCGGCCUGACUAUGGGUCAGUCCACGAACCAGUCGCAACAGGUCGUGCCAGGGGUUCGCAUAGAUUUGUCGAAUCUCAAGUCGACAACCCGCUUCAACGAUCUUGAGGAGACGAUACAGAAGGAGAUCCAGAAGAUAGACAAGGGCAUUCAAGCAGUUAUCAACCAGUGCAACGACGUCGAGGCCUUCAUGCCUGCCCACGGCGAGCAACUCGCCGCGAUCCCGAACGAUGUGCGCUUCGUCAUGCGCAAGUACGACGGUGCGGCUGAUACUUUGUCUGAGGACGCCCAGGCUGUCAAGGCGGUUCGCGAGCUCGUCCACGUGGACGCCGAACAGGCCAAGCUGAGUUUCAAGGCCGUUGACAAUCUCAAGCUACCAGCGCAAUACCACACUGCAGGGCUUUGGCGGCAGCAACAGGAUGCAGUUGCCGCGGCUGCUGGAGAUGCGGGCGGCGCAGGGGCAGGCAGCGGGGACAGCAACGCGGACUUGAUUGCCUUCUUCUCGCAAACGGCAGACGAGAUGGACGAGCAGCUUAGAAAGUUCCAGCGGAACUUGAGUGAGAUUGAGAGUCACAUGAAUGCCGUUGGUGGGAACCUGGUGGAUCAGCUGCAGCGUGCUGCGACGGCAAGGAACAAUGGCACCAACGGCAGCGGGCCGGGUGGUCAGGAAGAUCAGGUUGCCGAAUUGGCCGAGGUCCUGCGCGGAUUCGAGUCAACUAUUUUGGGUGUUGCAUCGUCAGUAGGAUCGGCAAGAGAAGGUGUGACGUCCUUACAGCUUGGGGAGUUCUUGGGUAACGGUCCCAGGACAAGGCGAUAAGCAUGCUGAGGUAGAGCAUUUUUUUUCUCCCUGCAAAAGAUACAAAAGAGUGUUGGUAAUGUAAGAUGUUUGGGCUUGGGCAUGAACUGCAGGUUUGACUGAUGUAGA